UUGAAGAGUAACUAUGAUAAACAUGUGUAACAUUCAUCGUUAUAUUCUGAUAUAUUUGCUGAUAGCUGAAGUUGCAAUGGAUGCAGGAUCACAGCCUUCCGGCGUCCCCAUUGGCCUAGUUCUCAACAUGAACUCGCCUUUGGGUUCCAUGCUCCAUCUCUGCAUAGAGAUGGCGCUUUCGGAUGUUUAUGCUCAGAAUCCAAACUACACCACAAUGUUGCAGCUGCAUAUCAGAAAUGCUCAAAGUGUUCUCGAAGCUGAUUUUGCAGUUGUAGAUUUAUUGGAGAACGAACAAGUUGAAGGCCUCAUAGGGCCACAGGGGUCAACGCAAGAUAUAUUCAUCUCGGAAUUAGGGAAAAAAUCUCAUGUCCCGAUUGUAUCAAUCACUGCAAGAAGCUCAUCUGCAGAAAACAACUUCUUUGUUAGGGCAACCAUUGAUGAUCUGACGCAAGCUCGAGCUCUUGCAGCUCUUUGUCAGGAACUCCAAUGGCCUCAAGCUGUGCUUCUGUAUGAGGAUGCAGAAUACGCCCAUCAAUUCCAAUCCCAUCUCAGCAAUGCUUUCCGAGAUGUUGGAAUCGGCAUCGUGCAUCUCACCCCCAUGCCUUGGUCAGCAGACCACAAGCGUCUCACCAAACUGCUCACUUCGUUGGAGCAACAGGAGACGAGGGUUUUCAUAGUUCACAUGAACCCUUCUCUCGGAUUUCGGUUAUUUGACGCUGCUAAGAAACUAGGAUUGAUGAGAGAAGGGAGUGUGUGGGUAAUCACGGAUAGCUUGUCCAACUUCUUGAGCUCCAUGGAUUCGGGCACCCGCGAUUCCAUGGAAGGAGUGGUGGGGGUGAGGCCUUACGUGGCGCCUUCCAAGGAAUUGAGAUAUUUCCAAGAGAGGUGGGAGAGAAAUAGCAGCAGAGCGGGUAUGGAUUUGAAUGUUUAUGGGCUGUGGGCGUAUGACACCAUCACUGCAUUAGCAUCUGCAGUAGAGAAUCUGGGCCCUGUACAUCCACAAUAUCCGUGCAAUAACGAUAUGAUGGCAAGAGACUCUUCCUCGUACGGGCCUCGACUUCUUAGGGAGCUAUUGAGCACGAGAUUCAGAGGGCUCAGUGGCUACUUUGAAGUGGUUGAUGGGAGGUUGAAGCCCUCGGAUUUCGAGAUAGUGAAUCUGAUCGGAACAGGGGAGAGAAGGGUUGGUUUUUGGAAUCCCCACAGGGGAAUUGUGAGGGACUUGAAUUAUUUUAUGAAAGGAUUGAAGAAUGUGGUGUGGCCUGGUGAUUCAACUAUUAAACCCAAGGGUUGGGCUAUACCUCCUUCGGGGAGCCUCCGAGUUGGAGUGCCAUGGAAGCCUGGAUUCAAAGAAUUUGUGAAUGUGGAGAUCGAUCCUGCAACCAAUGAGACGCGUGCCACUGGAUUCGCUGUGGAUAUCUUCUUGUAUGCGUUGAAGCAGAUGCCCUUUCCUAUCAACUACACGUUUUGUUGCUACAACGAGAGCAGCAGUACUAAUUGGAGCUAUGACAGUAUGCUACGCGAGAUCCCUGAGAAAUAUGAUAUGGUGGUGGCGGAUACCACCAUUUGGGCUCCACGAGCAUCGUAUGUGGAUUUUACGCUGCCUUAUUCGGAAUCAGGAUUGGUUUUGGUUGUGAAGAAUAAUAAGCCACUCAACAUGUGGACGUUUACGAAGCCAUUGAGGUGGGAUCUGUGGGUCACAAUUGUUGCAGCCUCUCUGGUGAUGGGAUUAUUUAUUUGGAGAUUAGAACGAGCUGAUCCUGCUGUUCCUGUUGCUGCAGCUGAACAAGUUGAGGAACCGAAUAAUAAUAAUAAUAAUGGUCGACUCAGAAUUCCAUUUUUGGCUGCUGUAUUAGCCUUGGCUUUCCCAGAGAUGGCCUUGGUGAGAAGGAAUACAUCAGUUUUCGUGCUAGUGUGCUGGCUGUUCACGGCAUUCGUACUAAUGCAGAGCUACACGGCAAACCUGUCGGCCAUUCUAACACUGGAUCAGCUGCACUUCUCGUUUUCUGAUGAUCACUUCAUCGGCUAUCACAGAGGUUCCUUCACAUAUGAAUUCUUGACACAGAAGCUAAACAUUAGCCCCGCCAGGCUCAAGUCCUACCUAUCCCUUGAAGAAUACCACCACGCCAUGCGCAAAGGCAGCCACAAAGGAGGCAUAGACGCCAUAUUCGACGAGUACCCUUACAUGAAGCUUUUGAUCAAUCGAUACUACUCUCGCUACAAGAUUGUGGGACCCACUUUCAGAACUGAUGGGCUUGGGUUCGCCUUGCCUCUUGGAUCUCCCUUGGUUGCGCACUUCUCCCGAGCCAUCCUGAAUGUCACUCAGGGUCCGGAGAUGACGGGUCUGGAGCAGAAGAACUUUGGACCCGGAUACUCUUCGCAGGAUCCGCUCAUCAACAGCGUGUCGCAGGGUGCCUCCAGCCUCACCUCUCGUGAUUUCGCCGGCCUCUUCAUUAUCUUAGCCGGACUUACUCUAUCUGCUUUUCUUGCUGCCCUCACCGAUGCUUUCAAUAAGCUUAAAUAUUUUGUCCGCAACAUAAAUGGCGCUUAUGCUCCUCUUGCCAAUCAACCCGCUGCUGUUGCUAAUGCUCAACUACAAGAUCCGCCAAAUCGAGAAAUUGAAGUGGCUAGAACCUAAGAUACAGCUCCAACAUCUAUCCAAAUUCAUCCUACUAUAUAUAUAGUCUUGGAAGUUAAUUAGGAUUUAGGACCAUUGCUAGCUCUUUUCUUUUUUCUCUUUCACAAAUAACUAAUCAAAUCAAA